AUCGCGGGGAGCGCGGGGCUGCGCUCGUGUGCGCUCCUGGGCGCUCGCCGCCGCCGCCGCCGCGCCUUUGAGUCAGCAAACUCCGCCGACUGCCAGCCCGCCGGCCGGGCCCUACCGGGAGGAGCCGUCCAUUGAUUGUGUCCUGCAGUGAAGAUGUUUCCAGAACAACAGAAAGAGGAAUUUGUAAGUGUCUGGGUUCGAGAUCCUAGGAUUCAGAAAGAGGACUUUUGGCAUUCUUACAUUGACUAUGAGAUAUGUAUUCAUACCAAUAGCAUAUGUUUUACCAUGAAAACAUCCUGCGUACGAAGAAGAUACAGAGAAUUUGUGUGGCUGAGGCAGAGACUCCAAAGUAAUGCACUGCUGGUACAACUGCCAGAACUUCCAUCUAAGAACCUAUUUUUCAACAUGAACAAUCGCCAGCAUGUUGAUCAACGUCGUCAGGGUUUGGAAGACUUCCUCAGAAAGGUCCUACAGAACGCACUUCUGCUUUCAGAUAGCAGCCUUCACCUCUUCUUGCAGAGCCAUCUGAAUUCAGAUGACAUGGAGGCUUGCGUUUCUGGGCAAACUAAGUACUCUGUAGAAGAAGCCAUCCACAAGUUUGCCUUGAUGAACAGACGUUUUCCUGAAGAAGAUGAAGAAGGAAAAAAAGAAAAAGAUAUAGAUUAUGAUUCAGAAAGUUCAUCCUCUGGGUUUGGACAUAGUAGCGAUGACAGCAGUUCACAUGGAUGUAAAAUGAGCGCAGCUCCACAGGAAUCCUGAAAAAUAAUUCUAAUGUUACCAUUUUAGGAAUAGCAAAUUAUGUCCAGUCAUAGAGAAGAAAGCUUGCUGAUAAUAUAUUCUUACCUAAAGCUCACUGUCAUGAUAUUAGGUAUUUAAAUUAUUAAAGGUAUUGGGUUGUUUAUUAGUGGUAUUUUUAUGUUGUCUUAUUUUGCUAAGCUUCUGUAAAAAGCUAAAAGCCUGUGAAUGCAAUGCUUUUCUUUAUAGGCAAACAUUACUGGUAAAAAAAAAGAUCCUUAAAUGAAAUGAUUUAUAUGUUUAAAGAAACCUACUUAGUUUUAUUAAGUUUUAAAAGAUAGGUAAAUAUGUAGCAUUUAAAAUCCAGAUGGAACAUUCUUUCUUGUAUCAAUGGGGCAGUGUUACUGUAUACACAGCUAGUAUGAUCUUAUCCACCGUGCAGACUGACAGCGGAGACCAGACUGCCUCUUUCAGACAUGCGGCUGAUAUUUUGUGGGUACCUCUCUUGCACUGGGAAAAUGCUUUGCUUUUGGGCAUUUGAAAUAUUUUAAGUUUAACCUGCCAGUAUUCUAUUUCAUGCUUAGAUGGAAAAUGUAUAUUAUGAAUAGAGAUAUGUUAAGAUAAUAUUUACAUCUUAGAAAAAAACAGAAAAAGUGCUAGUAAUUUUGCUUACAUUUGCAAUAUAUAGAUUCAGAAGUACAUUUUCAUUGUCCAAAAUCAGCUUUAACACAUGGUUUCUGGAAACAAAUCAUUUGUUUUCAUUAUCAUUGUGUAAUUAGAAUUACAGGUUAAUGAUUUAUUUUCUGACUAAAUGUGCAAUUUCUUAUCACUAGAUAAUUUUCGGUGUCAGUAAUGGUUACUUAUUACAUAUGUUUAAGUUAGAGGUCUUAUAAAAUUAAUUUUACCAGCAAACGUUUCCAUAAUUUAGAAAAGGGUAUCAACUUACUAAAUUUCAGAAUUUAUCAUUCAUUUUAAAAAAGCCCUUUCUUAUAAGUAUAAUUUAAUAAAAUGUCUUUUUUUCCCCAUGCUUAAAGAUACAAUGUCUUAGAUAAACUACACUGAACUUCAAAUUUCAGAUGAGGCAGCAUGUUCCUGAGAUUUCCACGUUUCUUCCUUGUUGAAUGGUACAAAAUAUCUCUGAAACUAACAGGAAGAUAGAUAAUUUCCCAUAACUGAGAUAACGUGUUGCUUUAAUUAAAUGUUACCUCCUUUCAUUUUAACUAGGAGUUUAAAAGUUAUUGUAUUAUUAAAAAGUCUUUGGAAAUGCUGUAACUAAGAACCCACAGAAAAAAAAUUAAAUUUAGAAUAAGAAUGAUUUCCUUAAUUUCUUCUUGUUUUAUGUUUGGUCUAAAACAUUAUUGAACUUCCAUAAAUAUUUUGAUUUAAUGUAUCUUAAAUUGUGUUAUUUUACCAUUUAAGACAUUAUUUUAAUACAGGAAAUAAAGCAAUUUCUUUUUGUCUUGCUAACAUAUAAAGUUUGCUAUCCAGUCAUUUGAGUGAUCCCUAGAUCCUUGGCAAUAUGUAUUUGAAUUCAUGUUAUUUCUGUUUUUUAGCAGUUUGGAAAAGCCUGUAGUGUGCCACUAAUUGUCAUAUUAUUUUUAGAUGAUGUAAGAUAGCCAUCAAUACUGAUACUACUGUGGUGUGUAAACUUCACGAGAAUCAUUGUUUUCACAUUAAACAUGAAAAAAUCAA